UCUUUCAAAACACGUUACCCAACAACUUCGGCAUUGAGCAUCAGAAAUUGUAACCAUCAAUACCUUCGAGUUAACCAAAUCACAACAAAUUUACAUCGAAAUAUGGAUCACAGAUUCUCAAAACAUGACGCUGGAGUUGAGAUCAAAUCAACUAAGGGAUCAUUACUAUUAUCUAAACCUUAUGAUCCCUGUCACUCAAUUUCUUCCACUUCUUCCAAGAUCAAUGGCAUUGAAAGAGAAGCAAGUUCAAGUCCCAAGUUAAUUGAAAUCAUGAAACAGAAGCUGAGUCAUGGAGCCCAAAUGAUUCAACUUGGAAGUACUCCAGGUAAAAUCUUUAGGAAAACCUUCGGUAUCAGAGAGGAAGAGAAACUGUUACAGGCUUCCCAAUGCUUCUUGUACACUACAGCAGGUGCAAUUGCAGGCAUCCUCUUUGUGUCUACAGAAAGGAUUGCAUUUUGCAGUGAUAGGUCCCUUAAAACUUAUUCUCCCACAGGCGAACUGCUAAAGUUCCAAUAUAAGGUGUCAAUCCCAUUAGGAAAGAUAAAAGGAGUAAGAGAAAGCAUGAACACGAAGAGGCGAUCAUAUAACUAUGUGGAGGUAGUGACUGUUGAUGAUUUCAGCUUUUGGUUUCUGGGCUUUGAAAAUUAUAAGAAAACAUUAAGAUACCUCCAUCAUGCAAUCGGCCUCGAAUGCUUAAGCAAUUGAUUCAUGUUGAGAAUUUAUCUUUAAUUUGAUGUAAGCUUCAUAUGUACAUUCUUAUAAACAGUUAUCCAUAUUUUGGUAGUACAACUACUUUCUGUAAUGAGAAAAAGCUAUAUAUGUUGAUAUACGAUCUUCAUGUC